UGUCUCUGCUCGUACGUACUACAUAGGUCAAUAUAGUGCAUACAGAACUAUGGAAUAUAUGUAGGUAUCAUAUUUGUCUUUGUGCAAUGAUCGCACGCGUUGCCAAGUGUUGAUCGGUCAUGCCGUGGUACGCGACAGUCACGGUUUGUCUGAAAUGCUCUUUGGGGUAUUCGAGAGAAUGGUCAACAAGUCAACCAAGUUCACUCCUGCCCACUUGCUCUACGGAUUUGAGCUACGCACGCCCGCCAUCUGGCAACCCGGCCCUGGUCGAGUCCUCGACGAGCCACUUGAGGAAACUGUUCACUACCGCAUCCAAGAAAUGAACGUAAAUAUUCAGGAGCUCCGAGAACAAGCAGCCGAAACCCCUAGUCGCAGUCAGGAACGUCAGUCAGCUCGGUAUAACCUCACAGUCGUACCACGCGUUUACAACGGGAACAACUUGAUGUUGCUUCGUGUCGAGCAGCCAACGUCGAUCUCGCAGAGCGCCAAGUUCUCCCAGUUGUACGAAGGGCCUUACACCAUCGUACGGCCUCUGCUAAACGGGAUUUACCUCCUCAAGGACAGUGCUGGCGCCCAGGAUAUCGUCCAUUUGGAUCGACUAAAGCCAUACAAUGCGCAUACGCAGAUGAUUCCCGAAGUAGUGUCUACGAGCAAGCCGUUGAAGCUGACGUUAUGGCGGUUCCGGUUGAAUUAGGGUGCGUGGACGAUGCACCCAAUUUUUCCUUUUCUUUUUACCUCAUAUUUCACCAGAGUCCAAUGUAUUUUUUUAGUUUAAUAAGUGUACCUCCAGCUCACUAUUAGAUUUUAUACAAAUUCUCACUUAU